AUGGUGACUCCCUCUCCUCCCCCAGUCACUGUGUUUCAGCCCCCAAACGCCCCUCCCUCCACCCUCCAAGUAGAGCUGGGUGGAAAUGUGCAUGGGGAACAGGUCAUGGAGGUGAGGCCUGUCCCCAAAGCCCAGGUCACUGUCACCACCCUGAGCCAGAGUUUAGGGGGUGGAGGAACCCAGGAGAUAAAGACGUGGGACUCACAGCUAGUUGGUGUCCCCAUCCACCCUUCCCCCCCAUACCCUCCACCUGCUUCCUCUCCCGGGGCCUCCUCGACCCUCUCUACCCAGCAUCCUCAUCCUCCUCUCUUCCCUCCAAUUCUUGGACCUGUGUUCAGGGAGCUAGGCUGGCCCCAGCCUGGGUCAGGGGGUUACUGA